GCCAAUUUCCAAGCCUAAUACCGCAGCGGAUGCCGGAGUUUUCACUCAAUGGUCAAUGCUGCCUCCUGCUUAUGUGUCCUUUAUAACGCAGCCCUUCCGGUCUCCCUCCAUCUCUCCUAGUCCACCACCACCACCUCCACGGCUCCACCUCCACCUCCACCUCCACCUCCACCACCGCCACCAUCACCAUGGCCUGUACAAUCUCUCGCAGACUAGCUUUCUCCAAACAACUUCUCAGGACCCCUCUCUUCUCAACUUAUUCCUGCUUGUCCCCUCCAAAAACUCACCACUUAAACUCCUACUCAUCAGCCUUCCCCCAAAACCCCAGUCAGGCCAUUUUCCCACAAUUCCCAAAUCAAAAUUUGGCAAACCCUUGUCUCAAACCGUCUAAUCCCACCUCAUUGGAGUCACGAUUUCCACUCCAUUACAAUCCAACCAGUCUUAUCAAAACCCCAACAAGAUUAACCCCUGCUUUUCAGAUGCAAAAUCAACCAUUUUUUAGCAAUAUAUUGAUCAAAUCUGAACUAACCCCACAAGAAAAUCCCAGAUUUUUUUCAACUUCCAAUGCUUCAUCAUCAUCAUCAUCAGAUCAGGAAAAGGCUGGAAAGCCAGAAAGCCAAAGCGAAUACCCGAGCCAGAAUCCUGCUUUCAAGCACCAAGAAAUUGACGGACCCACUGUCGAACGUGAUGUUUCGGCACUGGCCAAUGAGACUCGCGAAGUCCUUGAAACGAUGAUGAAGACUGUGUAUAGUUUAAGCAAAGCGUUGGCUGGCCUAGGCCUGAUUAAUCUUGGUUUAGGAGCUUGGAUUUCGUAUGUUACUACGGCUUCCCCUGUUGUUGAAGUGUCAGUGCAGAGUAUUUUGGCAUUCGGGCUUCCAUUUUCAUUGGCAUUUAUGCUGAGGAGAGCUUUGAAGCCUAUGUAUUUCUUUAAGAAAAUGGAGGAACAAGGUAGACUGCAGAUUCUGACCCUUACUCUUCAGGUUGCUAAGCAAUUGAACUUGCUUUUUAUUCGGGUUCGGGGUGUUUCCUAUCUGUGUAUUGCUGGUGCAUCCGUCGGGUUGGUUUAUGUUGCGCUUGCUAGAUGAAAUGUGUAUGAAAAAAUUCAGAAAUCUCGAAUGUAUUACAAAUGACGGGUUUUUUUCAAUAUGGAUCGCCAAAUUUUGUAACUUUGAAUGCUUUCAGUUGUAGAAAUGAUGACUAAAUUUAUUCAUAUGGCCAGUUCGACUGCAAGUUUGUCAGGUGAACUUGUUGCUAAAAUUUGUUGUUGCUGUGAUAGGAAGGGGGAAACUUCUGGGUAUGGGCUUUUAGUACGAGAAAAGUUCUCCAUAUCCUAGGUUGUCAUAUGUGAGACAGGCCUUAGAUUCCAUCCCUCAAAUCCCAGGGCUAAAUCCUUGAUAUUGUUGGUAGAAUUCAAAUUUGAGAGUUAUGCGAUCAUCUUAAGAUAGAAUUCCUUGACAGUGUUGAUAGUUGUUGUGUACUUACCAUUGGUAUUAGUGGUUCACAUUUACAAAGGAUUCUCAUUGUAUUUUGUGUCUAA